AUGGUCAGACUUGGAAUAACAAAGCAAUAUCUUUGGGGUGCUUUACCUUUAACUGGCUUCCUAGUAGGAUGGUUUCUUGAUAUCAAAGAAACUGAAAGAAUGACAAGAUUCAGAGACAAAAGUGCACUUUAUGGCCGAAAUUUAAAAGAGGGCGAAGCACCAUCAUGGUAGAAAUAAUUAAAUACCUACUGAGUUUAAUAUGUUAUAGAAAUUAAAAUAAAUGAAAUUGUAAUUACAAA